AUGGUUUCGAAGAGGUUAAGACCCGGUGAAGACGGUGCUCGGAGGCGCCGACCACACACUAAAUCGCGUCGAGGUUGUCGGAACUGCAAGCUCCGUCAUGUUAGAUGCGAUGAAAGCCAGCCUCAAUGCCAAAAAUGCCUGGAAUUCGGGGUUGUUUGCAAUUACAAUACAUCUCAUGGCCAAGAUCUACAGCCAAAAUAUCCGCAGCCAAAAUCACUAGAUAAGCCUGACAAGGCUCAUCCGGAAGGCUUCUUCGGCGAAGUUAUUUUCAAUGUCAAGCCUCGACCUUCACCCGUCUUUCUGCGUCCGGCGACGAUCAUUGGAUCUGGCCAAGGCUCGUUUCAACUGGAUGCAGAAAGUAUCGGCCGCCUAGACCGGUUCUAUCGUCGCACUGUCUACACAUUUGCAGGCAAUCGCAACUAUGAGGUUUAUCAGAAUCGUGUGACUAGCAUUGCCAUCGAGAAUCCGUUCUUGAUGCAUGUCAUCCUGACCUUAACAGCGACACACGAUCGCUUUCUAUCAAUGUCAAAAGAUAACGCGAAGCGUUCUAUUGCCGAGGCAUACCACUGGUCAAAAGGAGCUGGACUGCUCAGCCAGAAGCUUUCGGCUCCAAUUCGGCCUCAAGAUCGUGAUGCUCUUUGGGCUGCCGCCGCCAUCCUUGGACUCUUGAGUAUUGCCAAUAUCGAAGCAUCGACGCCAUGGGAAGCAUGGCCUCUUAAACCUGCUGAAUCGUCCGAUUUAGGUUGGCUGAACAUGUCUCACGGUAAAAAAGCCAUCUGGAAAGCAACGGACCCAAUGCGACCGGAUAGCAUCUUCCAUGCGAUGAAGGAUGACUAUCUUACGCUUAUGACCAAACCAGCACUGUGCGAAAUACACGAUAUGCCCAAGGAGCUCGUGGAUCUUUGCCAGCUGAACAGAAUGGCGGACCCCACUCAGAGUCCAUACUUCCCUGCCGUAUCUCUUUUGACUCGGCUGUGGCAUUUGAAAUGCACACAGCCAACGAUGACAAGGUAUAUGCAAUUCAUGUGCUUCAUGGGCCCCGCAUUCAAGGCCUUGCUACAUGGGAAGGACCCUCGAGCCCUUCUUAUUCUCGCUUAUUGGUACGGCCCGAUGUGCGAGUCUCUUUGGUGGAUGGCGAAGCGGGCCAGAUUAGAAUGCCAAGCCAUCUGCUUAUAUCUGGAGCUUCAUCAUCCCGAUGAAAAGGAUAUUCAGGUCCUGCUGGCACGGCCGAAGGAGCAGUGUGGAUUGCUUACUUAA